AUGUUCAUCUGGCACCAGUACUUUCCUUCCGCUGAUUUGGGCUCUCCAGGCAAUAGUCACCCAGAGCUCGCCCAUGCCGUGGCCGAGCGGCUUGGAGUGCCCCUCACGCCAUGUAUGCCCAAAAAAUUCUCCAACGGCGAGAUAAACGUCAAGAUCUCCGAAUCCGUCCGCGAGGAAGACGUCUUCAUCAUCCAGUCAGGGUGUAGCGAUGUGAACGACAAUUUGAUGGAACUUCUGAUCCUUAUAUCCGCGUGCAAAACUGCUUCCGCCCGCCGCAUCACCGCUGUGAUCCCGUGUUUCCCAUAUGCCCGUAUGGACAAAAAGGAUGAGUCUAGAGCACCGAUCACAGCAAAACUGGUGGCAAACAUGCUU